GACAGAGACUGCCGGUGACGUUUCCGCUCAGUGGAAAGAUGUUGCUGAAUUUGACUGAGAAAAGUCGACUAUGUAAAUGUAUUUGAAGUAACUUUGAAAUGUGUUAUACUUGAGCAGGAGAGGUAUUUUGAUGUUUUAUAUAGUAACAGCACAGUUCACUACCCACGGAACUCAGCUGCAAAGUGACAGCUAUUUUAUUAGAAUUGUCAGUAAUAGCUAAACGCUAAUCAGGGCGAGCAAUUGUGAGGACUUUGGUAUGGAGCACGUUUUAGUUGGCUGUUGACAUUUUGCAUGUGUUAUUUUGCAGAUAUUGAGAAAGACCUAAACAGCCCCUGAUUUAAAAAUAAAUAAAUAAAUAAAUAAAAAUAAAAAAACCGAAUUGAAGCAUGGCAGAACGCGGGGCGCAUCUGACUACCUCGUCUCUGGAAGUGGACGACAGACCCUCCAUAUUCGAGGUGAUUGCGCAGGAGUCGCUCAUGGGGACUGUGCAGCCUGCCCUGCAGCACGUUGUGAAGGUCCUGGCAGACUCCAAUCCGGCUCGGUACGGCUGGCUGUGGAGGUGGUUUGAUGAGAUCUACGUUGCUCUCGACCUGUUUCUCCAGCAUCAUUACCUCUCUCAGACCAGCGCGUCCUUCUCUGAAAACUUCUACGGCCUCAAACGAGUAGCCCUGUGGGGGCAGGGAGUCGGGAGUCGUCUGGCUUGCAGGGGGCUUUCCAGGAGGCAUCACUGGCGCUCCCUUCUCCUGCUGGCGCUCCUGCCCUACUGCAGAGUGAAGCUGGGGAAGUUCCUAGCCAGGCUGAGGGAAGAAGAGGACUUCUCCAUUCACCUUCCCCGAGCCCCCUGGAAGAAGUUCUACAAGGCUUUCCUGGCUGCUUAUCCGUUCACCAGUAUGGUUUGGGAGGGGUGGGUUUUCUCCCAGCAGCUGUUAUAUGUGUUCGGCAGGACUUGGCAUCACUCUCCCCUGCUGAGGCUGGCUGGAGUGCGGCUUGUUAAUUUGACAGCAGAGGAUAUCCGGGCUAUGGAUCUGCAGCCUCUGUUGACUGCAGGCCCUGGGACUAACCAAAGUGCUCAUGAGAAGCUGAGACUGUUCCUGAGCCAAGCGGUGGGAGGAGUGGCUUUCUCCCUGUCGACUGGCCUCUCUGUGGGGGUGUUCUUCCUUCAGUUUCUGGAGUGGUGGUACUCCUCUGAAAACCAGGACACCAUUAAAACUCUAACCUCCCUCCCCACGCCUCCACCUCCUGUGCACCUGGACGAGCAGACCGAUCAGCUGACCCUACCCAAACACCAGAGUCUCUGCCCACUGUGCCACAAAACCCGCGCCAACGAUACAGCCCUGGCUACCUCUGGCUAUGUGUUUUGCUACCGCUGUGCUUACACCUGUGUGAAACGGCAGCAAAGGUGCCCACUGACUGGGUACCCAACGGAACUACAGCAUCUAAUAAAGCUGUAUAGCCCGGAUGGGUAAAAAAGCCCACAGUAAUAACAAGCAUGUUAGUAACCUUCGUAAUGUGAAAUUGGAGCCAACAGUAACACUGCUGUAUGCAUGUGUAAUGAUGUAAGUUUGAUACACACAAGUGUCACUAUUUGCCCUCAGAUUCUGAUACGCUCUGUACUUUGUGCUAAAAAUGACCUUUUCAGGUUUCUUUAUAACUGGAUAGAUAUUGUAAAAAUCUAAGUCACAGAUAGCUUCCAUACACCCCUAGAUUAUGAUCCACUCAAUAACCUUCUGAAGCACCUUAACUCCGAUUCAUUAGCACCGGACAGUUGUAGAUACAGGCAGUGUGACAUACACUCUGUCUCCAGUAGGUCUAACAUUAGAUUUCCCCAGAAGAGAAAAAAAGUUCUACUGUGUUUUUAUGUGCUGUAGGAUGGCGUUUUGUUUUAGCCAAUUUUUCUUUAAAAUAUUCCAAAUAAGGUUCCAGUAACACCAGUAAUACAGAUGCAGACAUGUUCACGUAAUUAAAUCAUAUGUAACGGGACUAUUGUUCCUAGAUUAGUAAUAGAUUGAACAAAAUACAUUUCUAUUUCAUUUGAAAUAAAAAAUGUGUAGACAUCUUUAUUUCUAAAAAAUAUUAAUCCAUUUAAUAAGUGCAAUAAGACACUCCACUCCUGGGUGUUAGGUGUGCUAGAAUAACUUCCAGGGGCUGAAGGCAUAUCCAACACCCUGUUGUGUCAUAUUUCUUACAUAGAGUGUGUGUGUGUGUGUGUGUAUGCAUCUCACUCUAAACAAAUCAGAACAAAUGUGUAUCUUUUUCAUAAGAUACAAAGUACUGUGGGCAUUACUGACUGAUAUGCAAUCCUUAAUUGAGUCUCCCAGUCUGUCAGAGCUUUCACACCUGCCUUGAUGGUAAUAUCAGAAACUGAUGAUUUACUCUAAUAGAUGCAAACAUGAGGACCUUGAAGUUACUGAAAUCAGCACUUCCAAAACCCUACAUUUCCCAUUUCCCCUAGUUUUGAUGGAACUGUAGGAUAUCAGAACAGAAACACACAGUUGUGCUUUGUUUUUUGAAUAUAUUUUUGGUGCUGGAAAGAGAUACAGUUCUUACUUGCAAAAAUAAAACAAAGGAAGAAAACACAAGAGCACAGAAAGUGGAAGAUGACAGACAGUUAUACAGAGCCCCUUUGAAUCAUUUUGAUGCUGGCUUAAACAAAAGUGUUUUAUUGUUAGUAAUUAUAGUUUUAGCUUGAGGUUAGUAUUUUAAAACGGCUCACAACUAUGCAGAGGUGGGAAGUAAACAGUAACAUAAAAUAUUUACAGCACAGACUUCUGUAUUUAUGACUGCACAAUAUAAAGCAAAUACAAGUUUUAAAAGGUUGAAAACCCCCAAUGUGCUUCCUCCACAAUAAAUAAAACACAA